GGUUCCUGCUUCCUUUCCCAUCUCGUCUCACGGAAGCCAAGCACCACCUCUCCCAUCACCUUUCCCAUCUCGUCUCACACAAGUCAGGCACCACCACCUCUCGGGCUCCUGCUCACAGCCAUCACCUUCCCCAUCCCACACGAGCUAAGCGCACACAGCAACUGCCACAGAUCCGUGCCCGGCGAGCUAGCCAGGACUCCAUCGGCUUCUCCGCCUCACCUCUCCGCAGCGAGCAGUGCAGAGCCGAGGCAGGCAGGCAGGGGAUGAAGCGCGUAGUGGGGAGCCCGGGGACAUGGAGCGGCAUGGCACUGCGGCUGUCGCAGUGCGUCUUUGCCCCCGCGUCCACCUUCGCCAUGGCCUCAGGCUUCAGCUACUCCAACUACAGCGCCUACUUCUACAUGAGUCUAGCGUUGAUCCUGCAGCUGAUGUGGAGUUUGGGCCUUGCUUGUAAGGAUAUCUUUGCUCUAAGGAAUAAAAAGGAUCUUCACACCCGAGAUAAUGUAUUGAUCAUUGUUAUGGUUGACUGGGUCGUGGCGGUUUUCAUGUUCUCAGGAGCCUGUGCCUCCGCGAGCCUGACAAUUUUCUUGAUGUGGGAUGUGCACUUCUGUGAGACAUACUCGAAGCUGGCCUGCCGGCAGUUCGCGCUUUCGGUCGUCCUGGCGUUCAUCACAUGGUUGCUGCAAGCUGCGUCUUCUUUCUCUGUGUUCUGGCUACUGGUUUCGUUCUACUAGUGAUCUCACGCGCUCAUAUUCGCCGUCACGUUAUGCUAGACAGUCAGGAGGGUAAAUUGGUUGCAAUGUGCUCGGGACACUUGCUAGAUUUCAGUUAUGGGCAGUCCUUCGUCCCUUGUUAGAUAGAUUGCCUGUUUGAUAGUAGCUCAUCUUUAUUCUAGGAGUUGGUUAUCAGCUUCUUGAGGUGGAGUAGUUACUGUUUAGAUGAUGUGGGAUCAUUAAUAUAUGGAGUUCAAGUCAUGAUCGAAGAUACCUGAAAAAUGCUCUGGUUAUUGUAGAAGGGAAUGAGUUCAUAUCUCUUCGUGUGGCUGGGACCAACCGUUUCUGGUUGCUUCGCACAA